GCCAACAUGGACUAUAAUGUUGCUAUCUUCGAUUCCCAGGCCCGUUUAGUGGUGAUUCGGAGUCUUGAGAGCUAUUGAGACAUCAUGGCAACGGAGUAUGACCUCAUAAUUGUCAACGGAAUCGUAGUUACAGAUACCGAGGUUCAAGAGUGGGAUGUUGCAAUCAAAGAUGAGAAGAUUGCAAAGAUCGUCCCAAGAGGAGGAUUGAAAGAUGUCAAAGCAGCACAUAUGAUAGACGCUGAAAAUGGAUACGUUAUGCCAGGAGGAGUCGAUGCUCAUGUACAUCUCCAAGAGCCCCCAUUAUUCGGGAAAGGUUCCACAGCAGACAACUACGAGACCGGAAGCCGAUCAGCAGUAUGCGGCGGAACAACAACCAUGGUGACAUUCGCGCCGCAGAAGAAGACGGAAGACACUCUACUAGACACGUUACACGCAACACACGAGAAAGCAAAGAACAACUGCUACAUCGACUACUCCUUCCAUCUCCUUGUUGGCAACCCCUCAAACCGCGCACUCUCCGAGUUCAAAACCUUACGCGAAGAGGGCAUCUCAUCUUUGAAGAUAUAUAUGACUUACGAAGCGCUACAACUUCACGACGGCCAGAUCCUCGACGUACUCCUCGAAGCCAGAAAGCAAGGCAUAACUACCAUGGUCCACGCGGAGAAUGGGCAAGUGAUAGACUGGAUGACCGCGCAGCUCGAGAAGCGGAAACUCUUCGCUCCAAAGUAUCAUGGAUCCUCGCACCCACCCUUGGCCGAAAUUGAAGCUACAUAUCGCGCCAUAAGCCUAUCUGAAUUCAUGGACGCACCAAUUCUGAUUGUGCACGUAUCUACGCCCGCAGCAGCGGCGCAUAUAAAAGCCGCACAAGACCGCGGGCUGCCCAUCUUCGCUGAGACAUGUCCCCAGUACCUCUUCCUCACCAAGCAGGAUCUCGCUCAGCCAGGCUUCGAAGGUGCAAAGUGUGUGUGUUCGCCACCACCACGAGAGAGCGAGGCUGACUGCGAUGUGAUUUGGGAAGGCCUUGCGAACGGGACUUUCACAAUAUUAUCCUCUGAUCACUGCCCAUUCAGAUAUGAUGACAGCGAGACUGGUAAAAAGAGCAGUGUCAACGAAGAAUACCCCCUAGGCCAUUUCAAAUACAUCCCUAACGGCUGCCCUGGCAUCGAAACAAGACUUUCGCUUACCUUGUCCGCGAAUCGACUCGACGUCAAAAAGUUCGUUGAAGUUACGUCUUCUAAUCCCGCCAAGCUUUACGGCCUGUAUCCACUAAAAGGUGCACUGGUCGAGGGGCAGUCGGAUGCAGAUAUAAAUAUCUGGUAUUCACCGGGCAAGAUGGAACACUUUGAGCUAAAGAACGAGAUGUUGCAUCAUGAUGUCGACUACACACCGUUUGAGGGAAGGACCUUGAUGCAGUGGCCACGAUACACGAUACUGAGAGGGAAAGUCGUAUGGGGCAAAGAGAAUGGGGGAUUACUUGGGGAGAAGGGAUACGGAAAGUUCAUCAAGAGAGAGGCGAGUAGUCUUGCAAAGCCAUUGAAGGAAGGCGAUUGGGAGCUGCCACUAUGAGCAGGCUCGUGCGAUCAAAGUAUAGCACAAUAUUCAAAGUUC